CAUAGUAAAGGAAAUCUAUUUCUAACCAGAAGAAAACUUCCAGCAAUUUUUUCGAACUAUUUAAUUUCUUUUGCUUUAUUUUUUUUAUUAAAAGGCCAAUAGACCUGAGUUUAUUAAUAAAGGAAAAUGCAAAAAGUACAUUACAGAUGAAGCCAAAUUGGCUCAAUCUGAAAGCACCCAAAAAAAACACAAAUGUAAUAAAAACUAAGAAAAGGAAAAAAAAAAAAAGGAAAAAUGUGGAUGAAAUAGGAAAGUGGAGGGUGAGGAGUUUAGCAACUUUAUCUUCCUCGUAGUAUCUGAUGAAAAACGUCAAAAACAAUAUGCGCAAGAAUCAUACAGUUGAUCUCCUAAUGAUGCUAUCAACUUCAGUCAGCCAUGCAACCUCUUAUAAGCAAGAAAAAGAUUUUAGGAGUCUUGGGGACAAAUUAGCUUCUUUGACAAUAUCAUCAAAAGAAACUUCUGGUUUACCCACUGUUGCUGCAAGAGAGAAUAAAGACUCUUUGACAAAGAACGUUGGUAAAAGAUUAGGAAAGGAGAUCCAAGCCAUAGCCAUCGUUGUUUCUUCAUUAACCUUGAACCUGAAAUCAUAUAUCAAUGUUCUCAUAAGAUACGCACAUCCUGUAAUUUGGUAAUGACAGAGAAACUUUAGUCUAACUAUAGUUAAGAUAAGAGGUUGAUUGGUAUAAAUAAAUCUUGACCCUUUAAUCUAAAAAUAAACAAGUGUCAGACAUCUACCUAUGUACUGGACCUACCGGAGAAAAUACAUACUGGA